GUGUCCCAAUCGCCUUUCUUUACGCACCUGCUCGAGCUCUGGGUUCUUGUCGUAUUGGGACCACUUUCAGAGAGCCUCUGUUUUCACACCCCUCGACGGAGCACCCCCUUGAUAUCAGAAUUCCAGUGAGAGCCACCAUGUCCAGUCUGUUUGACGCUAUUCUGCAGUCCGAAUUGGGCUCCAACGCAGGAACUGGGGAAAGACCAUUUCCAUCAUCAGAUCAGCCACCCAGCUCCCGGCCUCAUCCCCCCUCAGAAAGCAAUGGCCAAAUGAGCGAGGCGGAGGGGUUCGCGGAUGAUCAAGUUGUUGGCCCAGGCGGUUCCCUUCCUAGACGUCCAAGACACCCGCUCUACGGGAGAGGUCCCCCACCCGUCCAGGACGUUGCGGGCGAAAAGGUUCAACAAGCUUUUGAAGAAUUAUUGGAGACACAUGUCGAAGAGCCCUCAUCCUCAGGCGUGCCUCCGUCGUCCGAAAUACUCAGCAACAAAUACUAUAUUGCACAAAUUCAUGGGUUACAACGAUACCAGCUUUCCACUCUCUACGUCGACUUUACACACCUCACCUCCCUUCCAAACCAGAUUCUAGCUGAUGCCAUUGCCAAUCAAUAUUACCGAUUCCAGCCUUACCUGACAAAAGCUCUCCACAAUCUCAUCGCCAAAUAUGAACCCCAGUAUUUUAGAGAGCAUCGACAGAUAAACAGCACAUCAUCCCAGGCCGGCACGUCGACCUUAGCCGCCGACAGCACUGAGCCUGACUCAUUGGCAGGAAAGACAAGACACCAACAAACAGACAAAGUGUUUUCCCUGGCUUUUUACAAUCUACCACUAGUGUCCAGACUACGACAACUCCGAACUGCUCAGAUAGGGAAGCUUCUUUCGAUAUCUGGGACGGUAACUAGAACUUCUGAAGUCCGCCCGGAACUUGCGUUAGGUACUUUCAUUUGCGAGAGCUGUAGUACGGCUGUUGAAGAAGUGGAACAAACGUUUAAAUAUACUGAACCGACACAAUGCCCUAAUCCAACAUGUGGGAAUCGUAUCGGUUGGCGAUUAGAUAUCCGUCAGAGCACAUUCAUCGAUUGGCAGAAAGUGAAAUUGCAGGAAUCGUCCCAUGAAAUACCAACAGGGAGUAUGCCACGCACCAUGGACAUUAUUUUACGAGGAGAGAUGGUCGAUCGAGCCAAAGCUGGAGAGAGGUGUAUUUUCACUGGCACACUUAUCGUUGUCCCGGAUGUUAGCCAGCUAGGACUCCCUGGGGUCCGUCCAGAAGCAACUCGAGACAACGGGAAUUUCCGUGGGAGUGAUGUCGGUGGGAGUGGAGUGAGUGGCUUGAAAUCCCUAGGUGUUCGCGACCUCACCUACCGCCUUGCCUUCGUUGCCUGUAUGGUAACUCCCGAUCUAACCACCCCCGGCCGUGCCUCUUCCCAGCAACUUAAUGGUCAAUCACAAAAUAUCCUUGCAUCCUUGAAUCAGACCGAUCAGCUAGAAACUUAUGAAGAUGAGGCGCAAGACCACCUUCUGCAAACACUUACGCCUUACGAAGUACAAGAUCUUAAAAAUUUAGUUCAUUCUGAGUACAUUUAUUCCCGAUUAGUGGACUCGAUUGCCCCUAUGAUUUACGGUCAUAGAGCUAUUAAAAAGGGCCUACUAUUACAGUUAAUUGGAGGAGUAUCCAAAACCACGCAGCAGGAAAAUAUGCAAAUCCGUGGCGACAUUAACAUAUGCAUAGUCGGAGAUCCUUCCACAAGUAAAAGCCAAUUUUUAAAGUAUAUCUGUUCAUUGAAUCCUCGAGCUGUAUACACCAGUGGAAAAGCAUCUUCCGCCGCUGGUUUAACUGCUUCAGUUGUCAAGGACCCAGAGACUGGUGAAUUUACUAUUGAAGCUGGCGCUUUGAUGCUCGCGAAUGGGGGCGGCAUUUGUGCCAUUGAUGAAUUUGACAAGAUGGAUAUUAGCGACCAAGUCGCCAUUCACGAAGCAAUGGAACAACAGACCAUCUCUAUUGCUAAAGCCGGCAUUCACACCACCCUAAAUGCACGCGCAAGUAUUCUGGCUGCUGCUAACCCAAUUGGUGGACGAUACAACCCCAAAGCCACACUCCGGGCAAAUCUCAAUUUCAGCGCCCCCAUCAUGAGCCGUUUUGAUCUUUUCUUCGUCAUCCGCGAUGAGCCGAAUGAAGCCGUGGAUAGAAACCUCGCUGAACAUAUUGUGAAUGUCCAUAUGAAUCGCGACGAUGCUGUCGAACCUGACCUCACCACCGAGCAGUUGCAGCGAUACAUCAGAUUUGCUCGAACUUUUCGACCUGUUUUCACUGAAGAAGCCAAGGAGCUGCUCGUGGAGAAAUACAAGGAACUCCGUGCCAACGACGCUCAAGGUGGGCUUGGAAGAAGCAGUUAUCGAAUUACGGUCAGACAGCUAGAGAGUUUGAUUCGAUUAUCUGAGGCGGUUGCGAAGGCCAACUGUGUCGAAGAGAUCGUGCCCAGCUUUGUCAAGGAAGCGUUCGACCUCCUCAGGCAGAGCAUUGUUACCGUUGAAAAGGAUGACGUCGAGGUUGAUGAUGAAACUGGUGACCAAAAUGCCGAUAGCGCCUCUGGAAUUCGCGAUGCGGCACCCCACCAGGAUAGAGAUGGGGAUAGCCCGAUGCGUACAGGCGAUGAUGACGAUCAUGUCAAUGCGCCUCAUGUCACAACCCAGCAGCCUCAAACCCAGAAGACGAAGAUUACAUACGAUAAGUAUAUGCGAAUUCUUAACAUUCUUGUCCGACGGGUCAACGACGAUGAGGCCAAUGCAGGGGAUGGCGUAGAGCAGGAAGAUUUGAUAGUUUGGUAUCUUGAGCAGAUUGAAUCGGAGCUGAAUAGCGAGGAGGAGAUGGAAGCUGAGCGGUCAUUAGCUGUUAAAGUCCUCAAGAGGAUGGUUAAGGACAAUAUUCUCAUGCUCAUCCGGGGCGAAGGCCUGGUCGAGUCAGACGACCAACAGCAGCAGCAACAAGAGCAAAGAGUUGUAUACGUCUUACAUCCUAACUGUGCGGUCGAGGAGAUAUAAAAAUUACCCGCGGUAUUGUUUCAGACGUCGAUACUUGGGCUACAAAUCCCAAAAUACUUGUCAUAUGCAAUAAUUUCACUGUCUCUCGGUAGUUGUCAUUCAUAUAUGAGGCCAUGCACGGUGUCUGGUGGUUAGUGGGUUAGGGUUGGGUUUGUAAUGGUUUUAUAGACGCGCGUUUUAGCCAUCAUUUUAGCUGUUUGCACAUGGUCAUUUGUAUCACAUAUUGACUUCUUUUUUUAACUGCCUUUCCUUUUUCG